GUAGGGGGGGGGGUUGAAAGACUAAAACACGAAAGGCGUGGAAUCUCGGUGGGUGCAGCAAGCAGACUAAGAAAGCGGGAAAGGAGACGUUGCGAGAUGGCCCGACGAAUGACGUUCUGGGAGGAUAGACCUCGUGGGAUCAUGCCACCAAGAAUAUCAAAAGGCAGGGUCGAAAUAAGCCUGCCGGCAAGAAGUACGGUAGGGAAUCCGGUGAUGGACUGGGUGGGGGUAGAGUUGGUGGAAAAUACAGUGUACCUAGUAGUGGAGCUGGAAUUGCGUGCGAGAGGGGAGUUCGGGGGCGUAGACUUGAAUCGCUCGGGGCGUGUGCAUGCGACGGGAUCCUUACACCUGUCGGAAGAGGGAUGGCGGACCUUUGGGAUUGCUUUGGCUUUCGAGGAUGACCCCGUGCGAAUGUUCGAAGGGGCAUGGCAAAUAACCUGGCGGGAGGGGUUUGAGUUUGCAGACCCGGGACCAGAUGACGUAACGGCGGAGGUAAAAGUCACCGCGGCAGGGGUCUUUGAGCUACCAAAACUAGGCAAAAUGGCAACGGAGGAGGAGACAGAUAAUCAUAAGAGUGAAGAAGAACCGGGCUUAGGAGGCAGUGCUGCACAAAGCAAAAGGGGGCAGAAGGACAGAGAAUCGAUAAAUCCGGAUGGUACCAAAGGGAACCGGAAGGAGGUCUCCACAGGGGAAAGCUCGGGGAAAGCUGGGGGAAGCAGGCAGGGAACUCAGGGGACCAAGGAAGGCAGGAAUAAGGAUAGGACAAGCCCCGGAAACUUGGAAGGAGCCGUGUCUAAGAAAGUAAGGGUCACGGAUACGAGGCGCAGACUAGCCGAGAUAGACAAAAGGACCGCGGAAUACAAGGCAAGAUUGAUUGAGGAAAUGAUGACUGGGAUCGAAGAGGGCACUCUGCAGGAGGAGCCCCGAGACGAACGGAGAACCGGUCGAGGUGAGACUGGACAAGGGGAUAAAGGUAGUGACCGUGGGGGAACGCCGAGCAAAAGAAGGAAAGAAGGGGAUAACUCUUCAGGGAUGGACGUGGAAAAGGCUACGACCCCGCCAGCCAUAGAUAAUAGGGCUAGCCGCCUGCCGACCACGCCAGCAGUGACGCGAGGGUGCGAAGGACUCUGGAGCCUUAGGGAAAGAGUGUUGGGAUGGUUUGACCCACAAGGAACUACGAAAACUAGGGAGGGACAGAAGGCCGACAAGGAAGGUCCGGAUAACAGUGUGACAGGCGAGGCCAGCAGCUCUGAGGGCGGCCUUAAGAAGAUAGUGUCGUCUCUCGUGCGAGCACUAAACAAAAAUCAAGGCUACCUAGCGGAUGCUAAGAAAAAGUUGACGUUUGAUGGGUCGAACAUCACGCAAUUCCUGAUAGAUUACGAGAACCUGGUUGCGCUGUUGAAAUGGAUCGAAGAGGAGAAGAUGGACCGCCUGGGACAGCAUGUGUCUUUGAGCCUAGGACGGGACAUAGGUCAUCGUAGCCGCAAGCCGGUCUUGGAAAGAAACCCGGGAUGUGAUGAUGAGAAAGUAUCUGGCAGCAGAAAAGAUGGCAACGGAGGCCGAUUUAGCGGCAAAGCCGAACCGGUGGGCGAGAUCAUCUGGGAUCAACGUCAGGGGCGCAGGCCGCAGGUCAAUUUCAUUUUGGAAAACGACGGACAUGAUAGGGUGAACGCGACUACUCGGCUAGGAGCGGUUGGAAGAAGGAUUAACCGUGACACCGUGAUGGAGGAGGUUGCUGGAAGUUCGGAACCCCAGGCAGAGCCUGAGGCCGAGGAACCGGAAAAGGACUAUGGAAAACCUAGGGAAGAGGAGCCUACAGACAAAGUUUCCGCUGCCAAGAAGAAGUUUAGGUACCAAAUCCCGAUCUUAUCCUUACCUGAGAUCGAUGACACCAUUAGCAAGUUACUAGGGACCAUGGUGUUGGUGUCUUUUCAGACUAUGCUGCAGGCUAGCCCUAGGUUGCUCAAAGGGCUUAGACAAUUGUUGACCCGACGGCGAGUAGAAAUAGGCGACAACCCCGAACUACCUGAAGGGGAGAGGGAGGAGGAAGCUCCGCAAGAAGUAGCUAACCUUCAGAGGAGUCGCGAGGACUUGGAGGAUCUCGAGAAAGUUUUUGCGAACAUUCGUUUGAGUUUGCCCGACCGAGAGGGCGGCGAGGUCAUGAGGUUACCUCCCGGGACAAAGCUUAGCUUUCAUGCACUGCCUGUAGGGAAGCUGAAAAUCCAGAUCGGGACUCAUCAUACCGACGCGUUAGUAGACGGGGGGGCAAAAAUAACCCUUAUAAGAAGAGAUUUCGCAAUGAUCACGGGAUGUACGGUAAACAAGGAAGUAACAGGGAGCCUCCGGGGAGAUGGCGGGGAAAUCUCGUUCGCUGGGUACGUCACGAAGUGUGCUGUAAAGGCAGGGGUCAGGGAAUCAAUCUGGUCAUUUCAGCGGAUGACCGUAAUGGAGGAAAUGGAUCACGACAUAAUCCUCGGGAGACCGUGGUGCGCGAACGUAGAGAUAAUAGGCAUGCACUUGCACGAUGGCUCAUAUAUGGUAGACAUAGAGGACCCGGUGACCGGCCGGGGAGAGCUCCUCCGACUCCUUGGAACGGGAGCAGACCCCCCGAGGGGGAAAUUGGCAACAUGGUCGCCGUCAUUCGAGGAUAGCACGCGAAAAGGGGCUUUCGCACGGAUGGAGGGUAUGAGAGAAAGGGUAGAAAUCAUGACUGAGGAAGCGUUCAACAAGAAGGAGUGGAUCAAGAUGGGCCUGCCUAAGAAGAAGAGGAGGCAGGGGGACGAAGUCCUAGGUGUUAUGGUAGCAGAAAAGGAGUCAGAGAUCGAACUUGGUGCUAGCCUGCCCAAACGGAAAGAAGUGCGCGUAGACAUGCCGGAAAUCGCACUCGAGAUCCCUGAUCUAUUGCAACUCAUCAAGGCCCUCAGAUACCACAAGGUAUGAGUGGAUUCGGCAGCCUUGGCCAAAUUCGAAAGAGAGGUGCAAAAAGGAUAUUGCCUGAAUGGGAAAUUAGUUAGCAUUCAACCACG